GCAUGGGAAGCUUUGCCACACUGUCACGCUUUUGCACACGCGCAAUACAACAGCUGACACACGCCGCGGGCGGCGAGCGCCUCCUCGAUGACGCCGACGGACCAGCGCAUCCGUUCCGACAGUUCGUGGAGCGAGGCGUACAGCUACGCCUCCGAUCUGACAGACCCCAUGGCGCCAGCGAGGCGGUCCGCAUCGUCCACGGGCUGGCCCAACGACGACGUGGAGAACCUGCGAAGCCGCGGCUUCGCGUCGGUCGCCGCCGAUCUCUCGCACGCCGCGGCCCUGCGCGCCGCGGGCGGAUUCUUCGAGCAGAUCGCUCCGAUCAAGGCUCUCGCCGUGGCGCCGCGCUACCUCGCCGCCACUCGCGGUUACGUCGGUGCGUUCACGGAGAACUACAGCAGCCUCGGCGGCGUCGCGGGCCGGCCCAACGACGACGUGGAGAAAUUUCGGCUAGGCGUGUGGUUGCCGUUCGACGGGACCCCCGCGCCCGACCUCGGGAACGCCUGGCCGUCGUCGGCGCCGGGCUUCGACGGCGCGGCCUUCCGCGACGACGGGACCCCCGCGCCCGACCUCGGGAACGCCUGGCCGUCGUCGGCGCCGGGCUUCGACGGCGCGGCCUUCCGCGACGCGCUCGAGCGCUACGGCGCGGAUCUGGCCCGCGAGGCGGUCCGCAUCGUCCGCGAGUGCGCGUCGCGGCUCGGCUUCGACGCGCCGACGAGGGGCUGCGCGGCGACCUUGACGCUCAACUACUACGUCUGCGACGGCAGCGCGCCCGCGGGCGAGCCGCUCGUCGCGGAGCACACGGACGUCGGCGUGCUCACGCUCGUCGCGUCCGACGGCGGCGGCUGCGCGGCGCUCGAGCUCCUGGGGGACGGCGAGUGGAGCCGCGCGCCGUUUCGCGGAGGCGCGGUCUUGGUGCACGCCGCGGACUGCUUGCCGGAGCUCGUCCCCGGCGCGCGGACCGCGAGGCACCGCGUCGUCGCGACGGGCGAGCCCGGGACGCGCCUCUCCGCGGCGCUCUUCGUCGAUUUCCCCGACGACCACGUCGUCGGCCCCGGCAUGACCUACAAAACCUGGCGUCUAUCGCGCGUGCGGCGGGCCAUGGCGACGGCCAAGGCCGGCGCGCGGGGCAAGGCUUCCGCCCCUAGGCCGCGGGCCAAGGCCGCCGCGAGGCCGAGGCCGAACUCCUCGACGUCGCCGCGCGUGGAGAGCUCGUUUUUUUGCGCCGACGAGGCGCGCGUCGCCCUGCGCCUCGCGGCCCUCGCCGCCGAGCGGACCUCCGCGCCGCCGCUCCGCGCGCUCACCGCCGAGCAGGUCGAGCGCUUCAAGGUCGACGGGUUCCUCGUCGUGCCGAACGUUUUGGACGCGUCGGGCCUCGCGGCGGCGCGCCGCGGGCUCGAGGCCUCGCUCGCGAGGUACGGCGUCGACGCGAGCGACCCCGCGACGUUCCACGGCCUCCGGCGGCUCUCGUCGACGAACGGCGCGGGCGGCGUCCUGGACCUGUUCUACGAGCGCUGGAAGCUCGAGCUGAGUUUGGAGACCGUGAAAUUCGCCGACGCGUACCGCGACUUGCUCGCCGCGACCUACGCCACGGGCGACCCGCUCUGGUCGCACCCCUACGGCGACGACUGGGACCCGUCGGAGCUCUGGGCGCACGUGGACCGCAUCGGCUGCCGGAUUCCCGAGGCCGGCGAGGCCGGCGAGACCGGCGCCGACGGGAAACAGAAGGCCGGGAAGAAGAAGCGGAUCCAGCGGUCGCUGACGCCGCACCUGGACUGCUGCCCGGACGCGCUGCACGCCGGCGGCGGCAAGGCCUUCCCCCGGUGGCGGCCGAUCCAGUGCCUGCUCGCGCUCGACGCCGCGGAGCGCGCGGACGAGGGCGGCUUCGAGUGCGCGCCGGGCUUCCACGCCGCCUUCGCGGACUACUACGCGGACCGGCGCGCGCGCGCGUCCAAGGGCCUGCCCUGCGUCGGCGACUACGUGGCGCUCUCGCCGGGCGACGACGCCGCCGCCAUGCGCCGCGUCGCGCACGUGCCCGUGCCCGCGGGCGCCGCGCUCUUCUGGGACCAGCGCGUCCCCCACGGGAACGCGCGCAGCAACCGCAAGGCCGAGCCCCGCGCCGUCGUCUACGGCGGCUUCCUGCCCCGGGGCGUGCCCAUCAACGACGCCUACGCCGCGGAGCAGCGGCGGAGGCUCCGCGUCGGCGCGCCGCAGCCCGACUUCUGGAUCCACGGGCCGUCGUCGGAGCGCGGCGACCUCGUCCCGCCGGACCACGACGAGAACGUGCGCGGCCUCGGCCCGCACGCGCGGGACCUCCUGGGGCUCUAA